GGAGCCAGUCCCAUGAUGAUCCGGAAGUGCUCCAAGACCCCAGCCAGUUUCCUAGGGCCACAGGGGAUCGUGGUCCCUUCUUUGGAAAAACCCAACCAUCUCCAUGAAGACCCAAAGGAGAAGGGAUCUUGGAGGACUGAGGAAACGCCAGUGGCUGCUUACAAAGUGCUGGUGGCUACCGGGCAGUUUUGGGCCUCGGGGACCUUUGACUCAAUCUCCAUCACCCUGGUGGGCUCAAAGGGGGAAAGCCUCAAGAAGCCGCUCAACAACACCGGGAAGGACUUCAUCCCAGGCGCGAUGGAUGAAUACGAGCUGCAGAGUGACCGAGAGCUGGGCACCAUCAUGCUUAUCCGCCUCCACAAGGAACCGUACCUCUUCUUCCCGGAGGACAGCUGGUACUGCAGAUUUGUGGAACUGAGAACCUUGCAAGGAGAGAGCUACCGGUUCCCUUGCUACCAGUGGAUUGAGGGGUAUCAAAGCCUAGAGCUCAGGGAGGGAACAGGCAAACUGGCUUGCGACGAUGAGGAAAACCUGUUACUCCUGCGUCAUCGGGUGGAGGAGGUGAAAGCAAGGCAGGACUGUUACAGGUGGACAGAAUUUGCACCGGGGAUGCCUCAUUGCCUGGCUGUGGAAAGCUUAGAGGAGCUGGACACCAAUGCGAAGUUCUCCUUCACCAAGUUCAGCACCUUCAUUCUGCGCUCCAACCUCACGAAAAUGGAGAUGAUGCUAAAAGGAUUCAUGAACUGCCAAGAAUCGUGGAAGAAACUGGAAGACAUCCACAAGGUUUUCUGGUUCAACAAAACUCCGGUUUCGGAGUAUGUGGCUGAUCACUGGAUGGAAGAUACUUUCUUUGGCUACCAGUACCUGAACGGAGUCAACCCCCUGGUGAUCCAAAAAUGCACCAAGAUCCCAGACAACUUCCCUGUGACCCAGGAGAUGGUGGCCGGAUCGCUCAGGGAAUCCACCACCCUCCAGGAGGAACUGCAGAAGGGGAACAUCUUCAUUGUGGACUACAAGCUGCUUCAGGGCGUCCCAACCAACAUGAUCCAGGGCCAGAAGCAAUACAUCACGGCCCCUCUCUGCCUGCUGCACCAGACACCUUCCAGGGACCUCGUCCCCAUCGCUAUCCAGCUCAGCCAAACCCCAAGCUCCGACAGCCCCAUCUUCCUCCCCAGCGACUCCUUGUGGGACUGGACCAUGGCCAAGAUGUGGGUGCGCAAUGCCGACUUCCAUGUCCACCAGAACAUCUCCCACCUCCUCCGGACACACCUGUUGGCCGAGGUUUUUGCCAUGGCCACCCUGCGGCAGCUGCCCAUGUGCCACCCGCUCUUCAAGCUCCUGAUCCCCCACUUCCGAUACACGCUCCAGAUCAACGCUUUAGCCAGAGUCAGGCUCAUCAAAGAAGGUGGCAUGAUGGAUCUGGCCACCUCGGCGGGCUUCAAAGGGGUCGUGUCCAUUGUGGAGAAAGGUCUUCACGAGAUGACCUACGCCUCCCUCUGCCUCCCAGAUGAUAUCGAGGGCCGCGGAGUCGGCUCCAUCGCCAACUACUACUACAGGGACGAUGCCCUGAAGAUCUGGGCAGCCAUAGAGAGCUACGUGUCGGGCAUCGUCCAGUUCUAUUACAAGAGCGACGACCGUGUCCAAAGUGACUCAGAGCUCCAGGCAUGGAUUCUGGAGAUCUUUGUGGAAGCAUUCUUAUCCAGAAAGGCCUCAGGACUACCCUCCUCUCUGGAGACCAUGGCAGAUCUCACAAGGUUCUUGACCGUGGUGAUUUUCAUCUGCUCAGCUCAACACGCUGCUGUCAACAGUGGCCAGUAUGACUACGGAGCAUGGAUCCCCAACAUCCCGCCCUCCAUGAGGAGACCCCCGCCCAAGGUGAAGGGUAUGGAGACCUUGGAGAGCAUUCUGGAGACCAUUCCGCAAGUUAACGUCACCUGCAUUGCCCUGAGUUCUCUGUGGUUGCUAAGCAAUGAGGCAGGGGACAGGAGGCCUUUGGGAUCCUUUCCAGAUGAACAUUUUGUCGAGGAUGAGCCAAAGAGGCUUAUUGUGGCUUUUCAGGAUCGCCUGGCUGAGAUUUCAAAGGAAAUUGAGGAAAGGAACAAGGUUCUUCCCCUCCCAUACAACUACCUAAACCCUCUUUACAUCGAGAACAGCAUCUCAAUUUAGGUCCUGCUCCCAGGUGAUGAGGGAUGUCUCACUGAAAUUUGUAAUUCCCUGCUGUGGGUUGCAAAUCUGUUCCAUCUCAUCAUGUUUGACUGCCCAAGAGUAUUUCUCCGACUCGGAAUGAAAAACGAUGUUUUUGCGAGAUCCUGCAGAUGCACGGUCGGCUUUCAGCAGAUCAAGCAGAGAGGUGCAUGCCCAACAUUUUUUAAAAUGUUAAAGCUCUUGCUGAAAACUUUGUUGAUUUCUGGGAAACUAUGUAAACUACAAAGCCAGCUGAUGCAGAGAACUAAAGAGAUCUUUAAUAUUCACCUUU